AUGACAAGCCUGGUCAUCUUCGACUUCGAUGGGACGCUGUUCGACACCCACGAGUCGAUUGAACAAUCCAUCAAACUUACCUUCAACGCUCUGCUUCCGGAUCAUGUCCCGCCUCAGUCGGACAUCCACUCGUUGAUAUCCAGCGGAACAGGCCUAUCAGAUACAUUCCGGUCUCUGCACCCCAGUAUCGAAGCCUACUCGGCCGCAGCGGAUGAGUGGACUGCAAAGUAUCGCGAAGUAUACGCUUCUCACGGCCAGCUACUCGUCAGAGCCUUCCCGGGGGCCAGGCAGGUGUUGGAAACCCUGAGGGAGGCCGGUAUCCCCAUCGCUAUCGUGAGCAAUAAGGGCGUUGGUGCCGUCAAGACCGCGCUGGAACGCAAUGGCAUGGGCGGAUACGUGGACGACGACCUGAUCGUAGGGGACAGUACGCCCGGAGCAAAGAAGAAGCCGGACCCUACUAAUUUCACCGAUAUACUGAUACCCACGCUCAAGGCCCGGUAUGGGUUUACCGACGUCGAUAUAGACGCCGGCCGGGUCCUGGUCGUUGGGGAUACGGUGGCGGACAUCCAGUUUGCGAGGAACAUCGGUGGCCGCGCAUGCUGGUGCCGGUAUGGAUUCGGAGACCAGGACGCCUGCAGGAAAAUGGACCCAGAUAUGAUCGUUGACUCCCUGGACGAGGUCGCGGCAAGAGUUCGAUAG